AUGGCGCCGGGCGGCGGCGGCGGCGGCAGCGGGGGCGCGGCGGGGGCGCUGCGGGCGCUGCUGGGGCUGGCGCUCGCGCUCCCCCUGGCGGCGGGGCCGGGCCCGCCCGGCAGCGACGGCGGCAGCGUGAUCCUGGGCAUGCGGCUGGAGGGCACCAGCAAGCCGGCGGCCGCGGCGGCCGAGGGGGGCGUCAUCCAGGUGACCGAGGGCAGCCAGGUGCGGCUGCGGCUCUUCGGGCUGGGCAUCCGGCCGGGCACCGGGGAGCUGGUGGCCUUCGCCGCCCUGGGCGCCUGGGCCAACGCCAGCGCGGCGGGCAACGCCAGCGCCCCGGCCCGGGCCGAGGGCGGCUGCCCCGAGCCCACCCAGGACCUGGUGGUGCAGCCCCGCAUGGCCGAGACCCGCGACACCUCGGGGGUGCUGCUCGUGCGGGUGCAGCCCCUGCGGAAGCACGAGCGGGCCAAGGUCUACGUGCUGUGCACCAAGCGCGGCCCCGGCCAGCCCUGGCUGCAGCACCAGGGCAGCGACGGCCGCCUCAUGGUGGUGGAGGAGAAGAAGUCGCUGCUGCCCCUCUGGUUCCAGAUCAUCCUCAUCCUCUGCCUGCUGGUGCUCUCCGGCAUGUUCAGCGGCCUCAACCUGGGCCUCAUGGCGCUGGACCCCAUGGAGCUGCGCAUCGUGCAGAACUGCGGCACCAACAAGGAGAAGCGCUACGCCCGCAAGAUCGAGCCCAUCCGCAGGAAGGGCAACUACCUGCUCUGCUCCUUGCUGCUGGGCAACGUGCUGGUGAACACCACCCUCACCAUCCUCCUGGACGACCUGAUCGGCUCCGGCUUAGGCGCCGUCAUCGCCUCCACCAUCGGCAUCGUCAUCUUCGGCGAGAUCGUGCCGCAGGCCCUCUGCUCCCGGCACGGCCUGGCCGUGGGCGCCAACACCAUCACCAUCACCAAGUUCUUCAUGCUGGUGACGUUCCCCCUCUCCUACCCCAUCAGCAGGCUCCUGGACUGCAUCUUGGGCCAGGAGAUCGGCACCGUCUACAACCGUGAGAAGCUGGUCGAGAUGCUGAAGGUGACGGAGCCCUACAACGAUCUGGUCAAGGAGGAGCUCAACAUGAUCCAGGGAGCGCUGGAGCUCCGGACUAAGACAGUGGAGGAUGUCAUGACUCCGCUCCACGAUUGCUUCAUGAUCAACAGCGACGCCAUCCUGGACUUCAACACAAUGUCGGAGAUCAUGGAGAGCGGCUACACCCGCAUCCCGGUCUAUGAGGAGGAGCGCUCCAACAUCGUGGACAUCCUCUACGUCAAGGACCUGGCCUUUGUGGACCCUGACGAUUGCACCCCCCUCAAGACCAUCACCAAGUUCUACAACCACCCCGUCCAUUUCGUCUUCCACGACACCAAGCUGGAUGCUAUGCUGGAGGAGUUCAAAAAAGGCAAAUCGCACCUGGCCAUCGUGCAGAAGGUGAACAGCGAGGGCGAGGGCGACCCCUUCUACGAGGUGCUCGGGCUGGUGACGCUGGAGGACGUCAUCGAGGAGAUCAUCAAGUCGGAGAUCCUGGACGAGUCGGACAUGUACACUGACAACCGCACGCGGAAGCGUGUGACCAACCAGAAGAACAAGAGGGAUUUCUCCGCCUUCAAGGACUCCGAGGGCGAGCUCAAGGUGAAGAUCUCGCCCCAGCUGCUCCUGGCCGCACACCGCUUCCUUGCCACGGAGGUGACGCUCUUCAUGCCCACCCUCAUCUCGGAGAAGAUUCUUUUGCGGCUUCUCAGACACCCCGACGUCAUCCAUGAGCUCAAGUUCGACGAGGAGAACAAAAAAUCGCCCCGGCAUUUCCUGUACCACAGGAACAAGCCGGCCGACUACUUCAUCCUCAUCCUGCAGGGGAAGGUGGAGGUGGAAGCCGGCAAGGAGAACAUGAAGUUUGAGACGGGAGCCUUCUCCUAUUACGGUGUGAUGGCGCUGAGCUUGCCCCAGCCGCUGGAGCUGCGCUCCCUGUCCCACAUGAGCAGCCUGAACCGCUCGGCGUCGCUCAGCUACCACGAGCGCUCGGACUCCAUCGCCUCCCCCAUCAGCGGCAGCAGCAACCAGCUCAACGUGUGCACCGGCGCCCAGUACGUCUCCGACUUCAGCGUCCGCGCCCUCACGGACCUGCAGUUCGUCAAGAUUACGCGACAGCAGUACCAGAAUGGCCUGAUGGCCUCGCGCCUGGACAGCUGCCCUCAGUCUCCGGACAGCAGCGCCCUCAAAAUGGACAUCAGCUUGACAGACAAGGCGGAGCCCUUGCGGGCCGACGAGACCACCAGCCUGCUGAAUGAGAGGAACUGCCUGGACCGCAGGAGCAGCCACAGCCCCCAGGAGAACUCCAUCUGAGCCUGGCACCAGGGCCCCCGCCGGCGCCCCCGCCAGGACACUUCACACCCUUCGGGGUGGGGAGCCUUUCCCCGCGUCCAAAUAGCUCUGUCUAGAGAUCCCUCCCUCUGCGAGACACUUUGAUCGCCCGGGGCAGCCCCCGCUGCCAGCGUUGGUGAGGAUGUGGGUUCGUGGCGCCGUGGCCACGCUGGGAUGCAAAAGGGGAUCCCCCACCCCUUCCCCGAAAUGGGCCCUGGAGCUGUUGGAUCCCAGGGACCGACUUUACCUCGGCCUGGGCCAGGCGUGGACUGGGAGCAGGGAGGGUGACUCCGCAGAGGAUUUAUAAAGGGAGCUCAUUGGCUGCUGUUUCUAAACUGGGUUUUAUUUAAAUGAAUAAAGAUGGAAACAAAGGGA